AUUGUUGAUCUGUUUAUUUGUCUCUCUAUCUUUGUCAAUAAGCAUAUCUAAUGCAAGGUGUUAUUCUAUUCAAAGUGUACAGAAAUGACAGAAGUGAUCCUCCUAUUCAGUUUCUUUCUCAAGUGACUUGUUGAUUACAUUAAAAUUUGUAUGUCAUGAAAUAAGUGUGAGGAGCAUCAGAAUUAUUUGACUCUACUCUCAAAGAAGUAUAUAUUUACAAUGUUGUCAGUAUUAUGUUUUCUCUUGUACACAUGCAUGGGAUAUUUUAGAAUGCAGUGACGUAUGAUGAUGUGCAUGUUGACUUCACUUGGGAAGAGUGGACUUUACUGGAUCCUUCCCAGAAGAAUCUCUACAAAGAGGUGAUGAUUGAGACCUAUAGGAAUCUCACUAUUAUAGGAUACAAUUGGGAAAACCAUAAUACUGAAGAGCAUCCUCAAAGUUCUAGAGGAGAUGAAAGUCAUGAACAAAAUCAAACUGGAAGGAAACAUAUUAUAUACACUCAAUGGGUUAAAGAUCUUGCAUAUCCCAGUACUCUUCAAAUAUAUGAAAAUGUGCAUACUGGAGAGAAACCCUAUGAAUAUAACCAAUGUGGUAAAGCCUUUGAAUUUCAAAGCCGUCUUCAAGAACCUAAAACAAAACAUACCAGAGAGAAACCUGCAAAGUUAAUCAGUGUGGUAAAGCCUUUUCAUGUCAAUAUAGUCUUCAAACGCAUAAAAGAACACAUACUGGAGAGAAACCCUAUGAAUGUAAUCUGUGUGGUAAGGUCUUUGAAGACUACAAUUGAGUAGUCUUCAAAGACCUACAAGAACCCAUUCUGGAGAGAAACUCUAUGAAUGUAACCAUUGUGUUAGAGCCUUUACAUGGCACAGUAGUCUUCAAAUGCAUAAAAGAACACAUACUGGAAAGAAAUCCUAUCAAUUUAAUUUGUGUGGUAAAGUUUGUGCACAAUUCAGUUAUCUUCAAAGGCAUACAAGAACCCACUCUGGAGAGAAACCCUAUGAAUGUAAAGA